CUCUCUCUCUCUCCGCCUGGCCAUGGCGCGCCCGCUCCUGCUCCUGCCGCUGCUGCUCCUGGCCUCCUCCUCCUCCUGGUGGUCCCGGUCGUGGGCGCAUCCCUCUGCGGACGCGCUGCUGUCCUCGGGGGCGGAGGCGUACUCGCGGGGCGAGUGGCCGGCCGUGAUCCUGUCCAUGGAGCGGGCGCUGCGGGCGCGGGAAGGGCACCGGGCGCGGGCGGCGGGCUCCCGGCGGCGCUGCGCGGAGGAGGAGCCCUGGGGCGCCCAGGAGGAGCGGGACCCGCUGCUGGCCUUCCGCCGCCUCCUCCGCCGCGCCGCCUGCCUCCGCCGGGAGGGCGAUGGCGGGGCCGCCUCCCGCUCCCAGCUGGGCGAAGAGGCCGAGCUCGAGUUCCGCAAGAGGAGCCCCUACAACUACCUCCAGGUCGCCUACUUCAAGAUGAACAAGCUCGACAAAGCCGUGGCGGCCGCCUACACCUUCUUUGUGGCCAAUCCGGACCACAUGGAGAUGAAGCAGAACCUGGAGUAUUACCAGAUGAUGGCUGGCGUCAAGGACUCGGACUUUGUGGACUUGGAAGCCAAGCCACACAUGGAAGAAUUCCGCCUGGGAGUCGGCUAUUACACGGAGGAGAAGCCGCAGGCAGCCGUCUUGCACCUGGAAAAGGCUCUGGAAGCCUAUUGGGAGGCCGACGCCGAGUGCCGGGCCCUUUGUGAAGGGCCUUACGAUUACGAAGGAUACAACUAUUUGGAAUACGCGGCUGACCUGUACCAAGCCAUGGUUGACCAUUACAUGCAAGUAUUGAGCUGCAAGCAAAGCUGUUCCUCGGAGCUGGCCUCCCAACCGGGGCGAGACAAACCCCUCGAAGACUUCCUCCCGUCGCAUUUCAACUACCUCCAGUUUGCGUACUACAACAGCGGUGACUAUGAGAAGGCCAUUGAGUGCGCCAAGACAUUCCUGCUCUUUUCCCCCGAUGAUGAAGUCAUGAAGCAGAACCUGGCCUAUUACACCGCGGUGCUUGGAGAGGAGCUGGCGAAAAACAUACGUCCCAGAGAGAACGUCCAGAUCUACCAGAGGCGAAGCCUGUUGGAAAAAGAGCUCCUGUUUUUCGCCUAUGACACCUUCGGGAUUCCCUUCGUGGACCCGGAUACCUGGACCCCGGCAGAAGUGAUUCCUAAGCGGCUGAGGGACAAGCAGAAGGUGGAGCGCGAAACAGCAGCCCGCAUCUCGGAGGAGAUCGGCAACCUCAUGAAGGAGAUCGAGACGCUGGUGGAAGAGAAGACGAAGGAGUCCUCGGACAUGAACAGGAUGGUGCGGGAAGGAGGACCUUUGCUGUACGAUGGCCUCCAUGUCGCCAUGAACUCUAAGGUGCUCAACGGCUCCCAGCGCGUGGUGGUGGACGGCGUCUUGUCCGAGGAAGAGUGCCGGGCUCUGCAGAGGCUAACCAAUGCGGCUGCUUCAGCUGGAGAUGGCUAUCGAGGGAAAACGUCACCCCACACUCCCAGUGAGACCUUUUAUGGCGUCACCGUCUACAAAGCACUGAAGCUGGGGCAGGAGGGUACAGUGCCCAUGGGUAGCGCCUACCUCUACUACAAUGCCACGGAGAAGGUCCGGCGCGUGAUGGAGUCCUACUUCCGGCUGGACGUCCCUCUGUAUUUCUCCUAUUCCCACUUGGUGUGCCGCACAGCGAUUGAAGAUAAACAGGAUGACCGGGUGGAUCCUAGCCAUCCCGUCCAUGUGGACAACUGCAUCCUCAAUGCGGAGGCCUUGGUGUGCGUCAAGGAGCCACCGGCCUACACAUUUCGGGAUUACAGUGCCAUCCUCUAUUUGAAUGGCGACUUUGAAGGCGGCGCGUUUUACUUCACUGAACUGGAUGCCGAAACAGUCACGGCCGAGGUCCAGCCCCAGUGUGGCCGAGCGGUGGGCUUUUCCUCGGGUGCCGAAAACCCGCACGGUGUGAGAGCGGUCACCAAGGGCCAGCGCUGUGCGAUUGCACUGUGGUUCACCCUGGACCCCCGCCAUAGUGAACGGGAGAGGGUCCAGGCAGACGAUUUGGUACGGAUGCUGUUCCAUACGGCGGAGACGGAGCUGCCCCCGGAGCGGACGCCGGGCCUUGAAGACGCCGGGAAGAGCACUGCUUUGGGGAAAGACGAACUGUAACUCUUCCCCAAAAAAAGAAACAGUCAGAACUUCAGAGGGGGACCGAAGAGAAAGCGAGGCACACAAUGAAAGGGAAAUUAAGCCAUGGACAGGCUGGUGCCCCAUCCAUGUUUUCAUGCUCGGUACAUCAUUGAUACGUGUUUUGGAGCUCUGGUGAUGGUGAUGCAAAGAGAGGCCCUGACCCCAAAAUCGUAGAGCAGGGAGAGUCCCACAGGCUUCUCUCCUGUGUGGGUCUUUUGAUGGGAACGCAGAUCUCCACUCCAACUCUUUUAAAUAUCGUUAUAAAUUAAAUUUUAUUAUGCACCCAACCCCAAAAACAUGGAGCAGGGAGUCCCACUGCCCCCCUUUUUGCAAGCACCCCAUGUCAGUGGAGGGCUUUCAUGGUUCAAGAGGCCUUGCUGAUGAUGUCACAUUCCUUAUUAUUAUUAUUUUUAUUUUUAUUAUUAUUAUUAUUAUUAUUAUUAUUAAAGUCUUAUUGUGCUAUCAUUGUCUCUCUGGAGCAUCACCUCCCUUGCAAAAGAGUUUAGAUGGCAAUCUGAUAUAGCCCAAUGGUUCUAUUCCUAAGAUCCUCUGAGAUCUAAAUGUCCAAAAUGAAUCAAGGUGGAUACCACUUUCCGUGGGAAAAACAAAGGGCCCUUUGUGCAUGGAUUACUGAAUAAGUGAUUAUAUACUA